ACGCCCACCCGCUUUGCGACACAACACAGCACAACAACACGAAGCCGGGGCGAAGCCGAGCCAAAGGAGGCACCAGUCGCUAAAUCCAUCAUCGCUAUGGGAAUUACAGCACUAACGCAAAGCGAAAGGCUUUUCACGUAUAACUCAAACCUCGACCAUCUCCCUGAGACUGAGUAUAAAAACGACAACGGAGUUCCAAAGGUUCAGGAGCCACUGCGUAAUGCGGAGGUCUUCAUACGGAGGUGUUCCACCUUCAUCAGGAAAACUGACCUCUCUGUACAACUGUCUGUAGUUUAAAAUAUCAAUUCUGGGAUUCGACGAAGAUAAAAAAAAAAACAACAACAACGACAAACGACCACAAUGUCCAUGACUUGGACGCUAGCGCUUUUCUACACUCUGGUUAAUGAUGUCUUGGUCCAGGCUUUAACCUCCAGCCCAGGCACAGAGGGGUCUAUAUCCCCCCGACAGUAUCGCCACACUGACCCUGGCACAGGAACACAGUUCGUGUGUGAUAAGUGUCCUGCAGGCACGUACGUGUCGUCCCACUGUACCAAUAGUAGUAUGCGAGAGUGCAUGGAGUGUCCAGCAGGCACGUUCACUCGGGGUGAGAACGGUGUUCAGCAGUGCCACCGCUGCCGAAGUCGCUGUCUACCUCCGUUUGUUGAAAAGUCUCCUUGCACGGCUACUUCGGACCGUGUGUGCGUGUGUCCGCCUGGCAUCUACGCCAAGGCUGGAGAGUGUCCCCCGCUCCCAGAGUGCCUGCCUGGUUGGGGUGUGCGUAAGUUAGAGGAUUUGCGCUGCCGCAGAUGUCCACGUGGCACCUUCUCUAGUGUACCCUCACGUGCGCUCAGGUGUCAAACACACACAGACUGCCAGGCGCUAGGAAUGCUGCUUCUUACCAAGGGCACAGACAAGACAGACAACGUGUGUGGACCCUCCUCACCAGGCCCCAUCUCAACCUCCUCACACAGCCUUGAUCCUGCACCUGGAGCAACAAUUGUGGAAUUAACAAAUCCACAAACUACCCUUGACGUGGCAGAAAUCACGACCCCCACAAGCCCCUCAGAUGUAGCAGGACUUCAGAAUUCUCCAACACCGGACCCCUUGCCAUCAUGGAAUAUCCUGCCAGCUAAUCAGCAAGCUCUGCCUGAAAGGAAGAACCAGGGUCCGUCCUACAGGCCCAUCAGGAGAGGCUCUCCUCGGCCGAGCAUGCACAAGCACUUCGACAUCAACGAGCACCUGCCCUGGAUGAUAGUGCUGCUUCUGCUGCUGUUUCUUGUGGUGAUUGUGGUGUGCAGUGUUAAACGCAGCUCACGUGUGCUAAAGAAAGGGCCAAGGCAGGACCCCAGCAGCAUUGUGGAGAAAGCCAUUCAUAAGAAGCCAAGCUCUCCUGCAGUACACAACAAGGAGAAGUGGAUCUACUACUCCAACGGCCAGGGUGUUGAUAUCCUAAAACUGGUGGCAGCUCAGAUUGGUUGCCAGUGGAUCGACAUGUACCAGUCCUUGGCUAAUGCUAAUGAGCGUGAAGUGGCUGCCUUCUCUAAAGGCUACUCGGCUGACCAUGAGCGAGCGUAUGCUGCCCUACAGCACUGGACCAUCUGUGAUAGCGAUGCUAACCUAGCCAAGCUUAUAAAUGCCCUUCAUCAACAACGGCGCAUUGACGUGGUGGAGAAGAUCCGUGGUGUCAUGGAAGACAAUCCUCAGUUUGAUCUGAACCAGUUGAUGACAUCUGUGAAUGUAAACCAAGGCACCAGCCCCAACCAUAAACCUCUGGAUGCACAGGGAUUGGUAGUGGAGCACUCUCCACUCGACCGCACCAAAGGCUUCUUCCCCGAUGAGUCUGAACCUCUGCUGCGCUGUGACUCCACCUCAAGCAAAGACUCAGCCUUGAGCCGCACUGGCUCUUUCAUUACCAAAGAGAAGAAGGACACGGUUUUGAGGCAGGUGCGUCUCGACCCAUGCGACCUACAGCCCAUUUUUGACGACAUGCUGCACAUCCUAAACCCAGAGGAGCUGCAUGUGAUUGAGGAGAUUUCUAUGGCCGAGGACAAGCUGGACCGUCUGUUUGAGAUCGCUGGAGUCAAGAGCCAAGAGGCCAGCCAGACCCUGCUGGACUCUGUGUAUAGCCACUUGCCUGAUCUACUAUGAACCUGUUUUAUUCAUUGUUUUCUUGCAGAGAGAGCAGACAAACAAACAUAGACAACCCACCAUGUCCUUCUGGAAAAGUAACACAAAGGUCUCCAAGCAUAUUAAAAGCCAUUGCUUGCCAAAUGUAGCCUUCACACAUUGUUCUCUUUAUAGUUUGGAGCUUCUUGUUUGUUUCAUUGUUUGAUUAUAGUCAUACUGUACAUUCAUGAUGCUGUAACAUACUAGCAUACUAGCAUACUCUCAACAAUGUCUAAAAACUAAUGCACAAUAAUGUAGUAAUGUAGCUGAAACGUUAGUUUGGUGAUUUGCAAGCUCUAUCCUAGAUCCUACGGCAUUUUGCCAAAAUGUUUUUAACAAAAACAGUCAUAACAAGCAAAGCCUUUUUUGUUUGUUUUUUUGCUAUGCAUAUAUUAUGAACAGUGCUAUUUGUGUAACACGCAUUUCCAAUGUGAAUUUAUGGGCAUUGAACAGCAACACUACUGGCUGCCAUUUUACAGUCAUGACUAAAGAUAUGCAUUUAGUACUCUACUUGAAUUAGUCUGUCAACAGGUGGAAAUAAACAACAAACAUGUUCAAUAUUAUUGUUUAAAUACCAGCUAGGAAUAGAAGAAGCAACACUUACUUGGUUUACUUGGGUUCGAAAUCAAGAGCCAAGAGGUCAUUUAAGGCCCUGCAUGGUGAUGCGUACAGCCACAGGCUAUAGACGUGUUUAAUGGCUACUUACAUUUAAUUAGAAUGGACAUUUAAAGGCGAAAAAAUGAAUGUACACAUACCCAGUUCCUGAAAAACAGCCAUGUUGUCUAGUAGUAUCUAGUAUCCUGUACAUGCAAGCUGGGGUAGCUAUAAUAACACUUGUGAACUGUUUACCUUGACACCUUGUCUUUACCAUCUGUACCAUAUGUUACAGCAUCUUACACACGUCAUCACAAUGUCAACAGCAUCCAUUGGUAAAAUCUUCUGACAAAAUGUCUUUAUUCUGACUGCAUUUAUUGAACGCUGCUGUUGUAGCAUUCGUAUAAUGAUUACUAAGUUUGAUUUCAAAGGGCAUUUCGAAGCAACACUACUGGGUGCGACAUCAUUCAUGAUUGAAGAUGUGGAUUAAUAUUCUGCUUGAACUGAUCUGUUGAUAUGUAAGAGCACUUGUCCAAGAAAUAUACAACAAACACACUUAAAUUGAGACCCAGUUCAAAAUGGCAGAAGCAACACUAGGACUUAACAGUUUACGCAAGGAGGAAAAAUACACCAAUAGAAAGUACAUACAGUAUGUGUUCCUAAAGCUUCCAUACAUGGUGGAGAUUAACACAUUGUUAUUUAAAAAACAUCCUUAAUUUAAUUCAGUUUUAUUGUAUAGCCAUUUUACAAGUGGACAGUGUCACAAAAAUAUAUAAAUUCAAGAAAUUAAUUGUAAACAUGAUGUGUGUGUGAUGCUUGUUAUGUUUCUUGUUAAAGUCUAUCAUAUAUAUACUCUAUGUGAACAAAAGUAUUGGGACACGCAUCUUAGUUAUUGAAUUCAGUUGUAUAAAAUCAAUUCAAGCAUCUAGCCAAAUGGAAAAGAAAGAUUCGUUCUGAAGAGCCCAGGAAAUAAAAGCGUAGUACUCUGAUAGGAUGCCACCUUUACUGUAAGUCAGUUUCUGAACUUUCCCUCCUGCUAUAUAUUCCAUGGUCAACUGUAAGUGGUAUUUCUGGAAAGUGGAAACACCAGCAACUCAGUCACAAAGCUGUGCUGAGGCACAUGGUGUGUAAAAGUCACCAAAAAUCUGCUGAUUCCAUAGCGGAUGGGUUUCAAAUUUCCAUUGGCAUUUAUUUCAGCACAAAAACUGUGACAGUCGCUUCAAGAAUUCGGUUUCCAUGGUUAAGCAGCCGAAUGCAAGCCUUACAUCAACAAACGUUGAAUGGAGUUCUGAAAAAUACGCUGCCACUGGACUCUGGAGCAGUAGAAGUGUGUUCUGUGGAGUGUUAAACCACACUUCUCUGUUUGGCAGUCUGAUUCAACCUAAUAGGUUUGACGGAUGGAAGGAGAAUGUUACCGCCCUGACUGCAUUGUGCCAACUUUUGGUGGAGGAUGGAUAAAGUUAUGGGAUUGUGAGGAGUUUGGAUUAAGCCCCCUCACUUUCAGUGACUAGAAAUGUUAAUGUUUUAGCACACGAAGAGAUUUUGGACAAUGCUAUGCUUUGAACUUUGUGGGAACAGUUUGGGGAAAGCUUUUUUCUAUUCCAGUAUGACUGUGUCCCAGUGCACCAUGCAAAGGUCAAUGAUAGAUGAAUUUAGUCAUCAAACAACUUUCGGACGAAAAGAAAUCGCAAGGCUCGCAUUCUCAUCCGUGCUCAACCUCACAUAUUGCUCUACUGGAUAAAUGGGCUAAAAUCCCCACGGAAACACUCCAAAAUCGUGUGGAAAGCCUGCUCAGAUGAGUGGAAGCUGUUAUAGACCAACGGCAUCUAUUAUAUUUCUAAUGAAAUGUCAUUAAAUUCCCUGGUGUAAUGGUCAGGUGUCCCAACUUUUGUGUCUGUGUAUAUAUGCACACACAUAUGCAGUACUGCAUGUGUGUGUGUGUGUUUGAAAAAUCUUGGAUUACAUUUUGCUAAUAUAUGUCGAUUUCCCCUAUGUAUGGAGAAUUUUGGGAUUAGUUUUGUUUCAUGAUUCAUAUUACAGAUAAUGAUAUGUGGUAUACGGAACAUAUCUAGUCAGCUAGAUGUAACUAUGUAGUGAGAUGUUGAACUUCAGAUUGGCAUUCUGUCAGAUUGGCAUUCGUACUGUACCUCCUCCCUCUUGACAACAUGGUGCACAGGGUUACUUGACCUUUGACUGUCAAGGCAAAAGAAAAGUGCGUACUGGCAGCUUUGACGAUUUCUGCUAGAUUGAUUCAAUCAACAGACUGAAGCUCAAGCUUAAAAUCAAAUGGUCUCAAAAGUGUGAAGCUAAUGUAUGAACAUUAUAACCGGGUCACAGAUUUAAAACUUAAACAUGUAACCAAUAUAUUUACAGUUAUGUAAGAGAUUGAUGACUGACCAAUUAAAAUGAAAGCUUUUGUAACAGUA